UUUUCAAUGGGCGACUUAGAUGAUGAAGGAAACUGUUCUGCUGCUUUUUCUUCGUCGAACCAACAACAAUCCUCGCAUGUGCCGUCAACAGCAACGGCAAACACGCAUAAGAGGAAGGCAGGAAGAAAGAAAUUUAAAGAAACGCGACACCCAAUUUAUAAAGGAGUAAGAGAAAGGAAUGGAGGAAGAUGGGUAUGUGAAAUAAGACAACCUUACGCAAAAUCGAAAAUUUGGUUGGGUACAUUUCCUACGCCUGAAAUGGCCGCAAGAGCUUAUGAUGUUGCAGCUUUAGCUUUAAGAGGAAAAUCUGCACCUCUUAAUUUCAACGACUCGUCGAUGAUACUACCUAGACCUACUUCUACUAAUUCUGAAGAUAUUCGAUUGGCUGCAAUUGAAGCUGCUGAAGCCUUUCGACCUCGUCCUAUCCAUGAUGCAUCAUCUGCUUCAUCAUCUGUAGCUCUUUUGCCAAGUAUCAGUAACCUGGAUAUUCAAUAUGAUGAUUACUCAUUGCCUAGUUCGUCAACUGGAACAACAUUCUUAGAUGAGGAGGCGUUGUUUAAUAUGCCAGGUUUACUUGACAGCAUGGCGGAAGGGAUGUUACUUACACCACUAGCCAUGAAAAAAGGGUUUAGAUGGUUGGAUGAUUGCAAUGACAUGGAUUCUGACAUGGAUGUUCCUCUAUGGAGAGACUAGAUAUGUACGCCGUACUAUUUUCACCACUAGUGUUACAAGCACACAAACUUUUUAGGAUUUCGUUUUGUCCAUUAUUGAAUCAGUUUUAGGUUCGACUCGGAAAGUACCUUUUUUCUUUUUUUUUUUCUUUUGUAAAGCAAGAAAGUACAUUAGUACAUCUGUCUUCCGGCUUUUUAAGAUUGUCCGUAGUUUGUACAUCCGGCCUCCGGCUUUGUAUGGAUGUCUAUAGGUUGGUUAUAGAGGAGAUUGUCCGUUUGAACUAUCAGGUUCUUGUUCGAUUAAAUUACUA